CUCCCUCUGUCCCUCCCUCGUUUUCUCCACCUCGCCUCGUCUCCCCGCCUGGUAGCUGCUAGCGAGUUCGCCUCACGCUCCCCUCGCUCGCUUCGUCCCCUUUCGCUAUAAACACCACUCUCUCCUUGCGCGCAGCUCUCGGACAUUUCGCAGCUGAUUUACCACGUAGAGAGCUUCUGCACCUGAAAAAGUUCAACUCCGUGAAGCCAGGCUAGCGCUGAAGGAAGCGCUCAUAUAAACCAAUGAGCGUGACGUAGCCAGCUACAAAAAAUGACUCGCUUUCAACAUUUGAUUUAAAACGAGCCUCCAGAUCAGCACUGAGGAGCGAACAGGCGGUCCGUCUGCGCAGGACAGGUUUUCGCUUUGAAGUAACCAAGGGAGACGGCAGAGGGCUACGAUGAGAAGAAGGGACGAAGGGAAAGCAGGACGGACAAGAAUGCGACUCAAAUAGAAGGAGGAGGACACGCAUCACCACGAAGUGCCUGGGCUGGAUGCUGCAGCAGCCUCUCACCGCGCACGCUUUCUCCCACGCUGCCGCCCCCACAUCCGCUGUCUCCCGCUGCCCUCUGUGUGUAUGUGUGUCUGUAAGUGUGCUUGGCCUUGACUGGGGCUAUAUUUCACCCUGACAGGCAAACAGUCAAUCGGCCCAUUUGCUGUUCCUCGAUCCCAGCUCCCCCCCCUCCCAGCUCCUUCCCCCCUCACUGGCCAUAUUGCCCUGUUAAUACAAGGACAGUCGAUUAGUUUCCUCUUUUGGACUUAACGGCUUUAUAGUGCCUCUCUUGAGUUGCCCUGUUGUUCUGUCUUAUGUCGUCCAGACAUGCGAGCAUCUUCAGAAAGCACUCUGACUGCGGCAGUUGGAGAGGGGCAUUUAGGAGCCUGAAGGUAGAGAAAGUGUGAGGUACUUUUGUGUGCAUGAAGAGGGGUUUGUUUUAGGACACUCAGAGCCCUUGUGGGAGAGUCUAGACAGAGAAACAGCCACCGCAGCCCAGGAGAACGUGCCAGUCUGCUCUUUUAGUGCCUCAGUCUGUCACGCACGGUCAAGGAUCCACUGCAGCAUGGCACAGUGACCUGCCCCAACCUCAGCACCCUUCUACUGGACACACCUGCCCUCUGCUCCAAGCAGCCCCGGGACUAACCACACAAGAAGAAAGAGAACUUACAGAGUGACAUAUUCCUUUUCCUUGAUUUUUGUUAACUGUUCUUGAGCAUGUCUUUUUUCUUUUGCCUGAAAGCAAGUGCUGUGGCACAGUGAUUUUUGACUAGCCACACCCCUCCCUUUUGCAGUAGUGAUUUUUGCCUCCAUACACUCGUCGCUUUUUGACCUUCUCUGUCCCGGACGGUCCCGUUCCCAGGCCUUGUCCCGUCUUGUCGCUGAGGCACCACCAUGGCCAUCAACGUGGCCAUGGGCCGCGACACCAAGUGGCUGACCCUGGAGGUGUGCCGUGAGUUCCAGAGAGGCGCCUGCUCACGCUCAGACACAGAGUGCAAGUUCGCCCACCCUUCACGCACCUGCCACGUGGAGAACGGCCGCGUUAUUGCAUGCUUCGACUCCCUCAAGGGCCGCUGCACGCGUGAUAACUGCAAGUACCUUCACCCCCCACCACACCUGAAGACCCAGCUGGAGAUCAACGGCCGCAACAACCUAAUCCAGCAGAAGACCGCAGCCGCCAUGCUGGCCCAGCAGAUGCAGUUCAUGCUGCCUGGAGCCCAGCUACAGCCCAUAACCUCGUUCCCAGUAUCUCCCUCAUUGGCUGCCAGCCAGAGCGUGGCGUUCAGUCCCUACAUGGGUCACGUGAGCCCUGGCAUCGGCCUCAUGCCCGAGCUGCUGCCCAGCGCCCCCGUGCUGGUCCCGGGGAGCCCCACUGGCAUCACCAUGGGCAACGGAAACUCCACGCAGAAGCACAUUCGCACAGACAAGCUUGAGGUGUGCCGAGAGUUUCAGCGGGGAAACUGCACACGGGGCGAGAACGACUGCCGCUAUGCCCACCCAUUGGAGGCAGCCAUGGUGGACGGCAGCGAGAAUUCGGUCAUCGUUUGCAUGGACUACAUCAAAGGUCGCUGCAGUCGUGACAAGUGCAAAUACUUCCACCCGCCAGCGCACCUGCAGGCCAGGAUCAAGGCAGCCCAGCACCAGGCCAGCCAGACCGCCGCUGCAGCAGCCAUGGCCCUGCCUCCAGGGACCAUGCAGCAGCUACCAAAGAGGCCCACCCUGGAGAAGAAUAACGGGGCAGCAGCCGUCUUCAACCCCAGCAUGUUCCAUUACCAGCAGGCCCUGGCCAGCAUGCAGCUGCAGCAGCCAGCCUUCAUCCCUACAGUAGACCCCGCCGAGGUACUGACCACUGACCCUGUCGACCUCCACUGCAUUCCUGUGGAAUCCCAGUUCUGUCCAGUACCCAAACUUCUGGUGGCAGCCCCCAUGACUCUGAACUCAGUAAGCCUCGCCCACAACCUCGGUUAAGACACCACCACCAUCACCAUCCUAACAGUCCCACCAUACCACAGAGACGUGAAUGCAACAAAUGUGUGCCUAAUCAGUACGCCCUCCCAGGGCAAACCCUUUCAUCCUCACAGUUGACAUGGACAUGUCAUGGGAAAAAAAAGUCAACAAAAGGUUUGUUGAUGCUAAAACAGGCAAUACUUAAGCUUGGACCUACAACUGUUUUAGGAAGCAUGCCAUCUCGAUGCAAGGAGACUUAAGGAGCGUGUGGAUCCUGAAUCUGAGCGCUCUUUGAAUUCACAGCCAUACAAGUUACACACAGAUUUGUAGAGACACAUGCACACACACAUGCACGCACACACACACACACACACACACACACUGUUGAGAACAGUGCAUCCUCCUGAAGUGACAGUGAGGUCUCAGACCCUGCUUAAUCGAUCCACCGUGAGUAAGUGGAACUGAGGCACAUCACCUGACAGCACACAUGACUCUGCAGGCACUUUAACAGCUUGCAUGGAGAACACAAGAAUGUGAUUGCUGUGCGUGUCUAUGCACAAGGCUUACUGCAGAGAGAGGAGUAUAUGUGAGCUCAGAUCGCUCUUGAUAUUUUUAGAUAGCGCUGGUGGUUCUUUUAUUUUGUUUUAUUUCAAUUUCCGAAAAAUUCAUGUGUUUUUUGUUUUACGCUCGUAAAUAUAUUGUUAAUGGAGAAAUGUUCAUAUCACUGUAAGAUCAGCUGAUUAGUUAAAAGGUCGUCAUUGUUUGUGCCUUUCACGUUACGAGUGUGUGAAAGUCUUUUCCUGAUACUUAAGCAACCGGUCUAGAUCUCAUGGUAGACUUAAAAGAAAAUAAGCAUACACUUGUAGCCUUUAAGAGUCAGCGUGCUAUUCCUCAGUCUAUCAACAAAUCCACCUUUCCUGUCUUUAGGGAUUGUCGUUUGUUGUCUGUCGUUGAUGUGGUGGAGUAUUAUUUAUUUAAUGUAUGCCUGAUGAGCUAAAAUUGUUUUUCUGAAGCGUUAUUUUCCAUGCUUGGACAUAGGGGUGGGCAAUAUGACAAAAAUACAGUUUUAAAAUGUUUUUUGUGAUAUUUAGUUUGUCUGAGCUUUGAUUAAUUGCAGCAAUCCGAAUGCACCAAUAGUGCCACAUUUAAAAAAUACUAUCAAAAUCUAUGAAUACAAUUAUUUUUAUUCAGUGUUUCACUCACUGAACUGCACUAUACAGUCCUAAUUGUACUCUCUUUGUGAUGAAACAUGCAAUUGGGUAGUGUUCUUAAAAUACAGCGUAUCAUUGCUGUCCCAAAAAAAAGACUCUUUUUCAGAUUUUUAUUUUUCUACUUCAUGGGAGCAAAGCAGCAGUCCUUUACAUUGUGUGAUGCUUUCAUGAUGAAUAGACCAAUAGAAAUGACCCAAAAUUACAUGGAAUAAAAUAUCUUUACAUUAACUUACAUUAGAAGUCAAGUUAGCAUUCUCCUGUAAAGUUACCAUUUGUAUACUUUUUUUUGGACAGCAACAAUAAUAUGGCAUAAUUUACCAUGACAUGAUAAAAUAUUGUCAUAUUGCCCACUCCUACUUGGACAUACCCCAGCUUUCGUCUGAACCACGCGUUCAGUGGAAUCAGAGGGGCCGUGGCUAGGUAGAUUCACAUGCUCAUACCUCCAUUUUCUAAAUGCAAAAUGCCUUAAGCAGAAGCGAGAGCGUACCAGCACGUCGUAUUUGUAUUGUGCAGUGCAGUCUGCAGGGUCUGAUUGCAGCCCUAUUGCUGGUGCUGCAUAGGAGGUCUGAUAGAUGACUAUAGCUCAGGAUGAGUCUGAUCAACAUGCUGUGAAACGGAGUGCCAGCGCAGCAGCUGCGGUCGUCGAUUGGAGUAGCGCCAUUUCUAAUCCCAACUGUUCCUCUCUAGUCAGCCAUGUCGCAGCACGUCGCUCAUCUCUCUAAACCUACUGCUUAUUUUCUGUAAUUUGCAUAUAUAAACGAUCAGUAAGGUUGACUUGGUUUAUCAGAAACAUUGUGAUAUGAUAGCUAGAGUCUGCAACCAUAUCUGUCCCUGUUGUUUCUCAUUGCACGUACGAUCCCUGCCAAAAUCCAAGCCCCUACCCUCCUACUGUGUGACAGUCUGUUUGUCUCUGCUUAUUGCUUGGCCCUGUUUGCUACAUCUCACAGUAACAUGAUAUCUUGGAACUGGCCAUACUGUAGAUAAUUCUCAGCAUGAUAGCAGCCAAAAUGCAUCUUAUGGAGCUUUAUAGAAUCUGCUCUCUCUUUGGACAGGUUGCGCAUGUCUAAAAACUAGAGAUGGCACUUGUUUUCUGAUAUCAAUACCGAUAUCAAUAUUGAAACCUUCAGUAUCAGCCGAUACCAGUCUGAUGUUUUUCCUUUAAGCUUUAAAAUUAGUUAUUUUUAACUGAAGCUAUUAACUUGAAGAGGAAUUACACUGAUUUGAAUAAUUGAGAAAUUUACUGACGUGUAUUUUCUUUACAGUGGUGGUGAUAGGAACCAGGGGUCUCAAUGUCUACAACACAAAUGUAGCUAUUUUAUUUACUAUCAAACAUGAUCAAUGAACCUACACAUAUCUUCUCAGUUUUAGUAGUAAUAAUUGUAGUGGUAGAUAGUAGUAGUAGUAGAUAGUAGUAAAUCAGUGGAAAUAGUGAACAAUAAAUUUUGUCUUACAGCACCCUAUAUGUAUCUUUUAUCAAGAAUAUAAAAAGGCCAGAAAAUCAUCACAAACUGUCAUAAAACAAUGUUUCAGGCAUCAAGCAGCAUCUUCAUCACCAUUUCAUGUAAUAACUUUCUGUGAGGGAGCUUUAAAGGGGCAUUAAACUCAUCAGAUGUCUGGUUCCUGUCACCACCACUAUGAACAAUCCUGAUCUGGCAUAUUACUCCAGAAUGGCGCUUUUCACAUCAAAAUCUCGCAAUGACUUUAUUACACAACUAAAUUGCACAGAAAUUUUGAAACAUUUAUGGAAUUCUCUUUUAAGAUGAGCAUCUAAAUGGAGGCUAUCAUGCUCAAACUACUCAAACAUUCUACUAAACCAGAGGAGGAAAUACACAGCUAACAAUGUCACAUCACACAAUGUGAGCAUGUGUUGUAUCAGACUAGAUUUGUUACACAAUCAAAUUCAUCCUGUUUUUUACCUCUGAUGUCUAAAAUUCAGCAUUUGCUGUUCAUAUUGGCCCAAUACCAAUCAAUUAAACUCAAGUUGCCAAUUAAAAAGAAAACUAGUACUGGACACUAAUGUCCAGACUUAAACUGUAAUCCUGUUGUCCUCUUAGGAUGCUGAAGGCUGCACACAUUUCAUGUGCCAAUGACUUCCAGACCUGGGUCAUCUGUGCCAAUCACUGGAAGGAGCAUAAAAGAGCAAAACCCUAUAUGCUAAGGCCAGAAGCAGACUGAUUUGAUUAAAAAUGUUACUUCCCCUAUGACUAAUGCAAUCAUUCAUGUUACACAUAUUGGUGUUCCCUCUAUCUACUCUGUGGGCAUUUGCAAAGUGCAAAGACUGUCCAGGGCCGGAAGACAUUUUAAGCCAUUUUAUGUUGCGUUAGCAUUAUCGGAUUGCUUACAAAUGAUGAACAUAGUGAAGUGGAGUAUAAAAGGCCAACCGAGUCUUGCUAAGUUUGGAGUAAUUGUGGAAAGCAUGUUCACCCCCCUGAUUGUUUAACCUCCAGAUUGCUUAUUAAUGCUACCUGGAUGUCAGAGUUAACUCGCUUCGUGUUUUGCUCAUGAAAAUUUGCGACUGUUUGAUAGUUUCAAAGAUUCUGAUCACAUACUGUGUCCUUAUUUUUAAAAGUCGACAGGCUCUGAACGUCUUGAGUUCAGUUGACUGUCAGCCAUUUGAGCAGUUUAUUGAUAUUUGCAAGUAGUGCUAGAAGCAGCGAUUCUAACAGAGAAAUAUAACAUCAGAAAGUAGAGAAUUCUGAAGCUGGUGGAUCAGCCAUAGCUGGGGUGCUGAAGAAGGACCUCACUUAUAAACGUUGCCAUGAAAGGGCCUUAUAUACAUUUGAAUGUGACCAUUUAGGACAAGGAGAAUGUCAUUAAAGUCUGAGGAUGCCUGUCUCACCCUUUUCUUCUCCUGAAUCCAACCACAUGUUUCAACAUAUCAAGGGAGUUCAAAACCUCUCUAUGCCAUCCACUGUUAAUUUACUGUACAAACAAGAGUCAAAGGAAACUCGAGAGUUACGGAGACUCAUCAAGGACCUUUCUAGUUGUUGCUGUCCUUACAUGGGAAAAAAAAAAGCAGCCGUGCUGUUUGGUUUGUAAAGACAGUAUAGCCACACAGAGUGGUGAUUUUAGAUGGACAAACACUGCAUCUGUUAAGAGGUGAAAAUCUCCCUGGAAAGCAUGUGUUGUGCUCUGUUUAGAGUAGACUGUCACUGUCUCCAGGCCAAACUUUAAGGGCACAUUUUCUAGGCGUAGAUUAAGGCUCAUUCAAGACUAAAACUGAUUGUCAGUUUAAUAGGGCUGGCCCGAAUAAUUCAAAUAAAUAUUAUUUUUAAAUGGAACAGUUAUUGAAAAAAAACAUAAUAAAUUGUAUUUAAAAUUUGUGGUGGUUGAUGUGGUUUAUGUGGUUUAGUUGAAUGCAUCAUAAAUUUAUAGACAUAACUCUUGAAAGCUGUAUUUGAACAAGAGGGCUAAAAUCGAAAAUUCUAUCAUAGCAGCAUGGCUCUAUCAGCUGACUAUUACAUUAAGUGAGUUGUACAUUGUUGACUAUUAAUACAUCGUUGUUGCCUAUUAUUGUCUUUAAGGGUGAAUAAUUGUUCGGAAAUUGCAACAAGUAUUCAAAACCUGUAAAAUGUUAUUUGGGCCAGCCUUACAAUUUAAAUAAGCAUCCUCAUUGACAGUUUAACUUAGUCUUAAGGCUCAAUCUCUCUUUGGAAAACCAGCCCGAAGUAUGUUAUGCUUUACCACAGUGAUAUAAUAAGCAUGGAGCACUUAAAGUCAAUAGAGUAAACUGAGGUCAAAUGCAAAAUCACAGCAAGACAAUAUACUGUGUUAUUGAAAUACUAAAUAUCUGUGUUGUAUACAUUUUAUAAAAUGUUAAUGUGUGUUUGGGGAAGUGGGUGUGUGUAAAUGUUGGCAGUUGUUUAGGAGAGUACUCAGCUGUUGAUUUGUGUAAUGGAAUAUUUCUUGUAGUUGAAUGAGUCUCAUUGCCUAGCCAAGGUAUAGAUCCCUCUCUCUCUCUCUCUCUCUCUCUCUCUCUCUCUCUCUCUUUCUCUCUCUCUCUCUCUCUCUCUCUCUCUCUCUCAUAUCAAGAGUUAUGCCUUCUCCAACUGCUAUCCAGCUGGAAUCAACAAAAUACUUGAUUAAGAAAACAAAAAAAUAUGCCUCGUUUGGGGCUUUAGCAUUUUAAGAACACUCACUUUUUAAGAAGUGCGUAUUCAUGUAUAAUGUAGUUAGAUGAUAAUCUUACUUGUACAUAUUACUAGUGCAUCGUCAUUCUAGUUUUAUCACCAUCCUAGUUUUUAUCACUUGACCUUAAUGUCAUUUUUAAUGGUACUUAUAUUUUAGCUGUUUCUUCACAAAUGACGUCAUGUUUUGGUGAGGAUGAACUGUUGGUUUUUAGUUUGUCUGAUCAUUAAUGAGUUCAUAUCAGUUACUUGUUCUACAGCAUAAAAUCUCAUCGCAUGAAAUGAAAAAUAAUCUGAAUAAUCUGAUUCAUAGUUUGUGCAGUUAGUGGUUUAAGAUAAACAAAAUACAUAAAGAAAUAUCUAUCUAUCUCUCUCUAUAUAUAUCUAUAUUAAUCUACACAUUUAUAUGUAUUACAAUGAUAGAUUCAUUGUUACUUGAUAGUAAGUUGUUUGUUGCUAUGGCAACAAAACUACAACAUGGCUACCUUUGUGAAUCUUAAUUGUGAAUUUUUUCACACUUAAAUUGAAAUAAUGUACAAGGUUAACUUAUUCUGAAAGGGAAUGUGUAGUUAUCUUAUCUUGGAUUAAGAGAUGAUUGCCUAUUUUGUACAAAAAAAUGAGAAAAAACAUUAAAAGGUGAGAUACCUUGAGUCCAAAGGCCAUUUGGAGACAUCAUAUGUUAUUUCUGUUGUUAUGAUUUCUUAUUUUUCUAAUGGGGGUUGUUGUUGUUGUUCUGCUUGAUGAAAAAAGAAACUAAGGCAGAUUUUGAGCUUUAGGCUUUAGGACGGAUCUGUCAGAUCAUUAGGUGAAGAGGAACCUUCGAUUUGAUACUGGAAAGAAAUAUCCUAGUGCAAAGCGAACUCACAGAAAGGGCUGUCUGGACUGGUAGAUUCCACAAAGGAUCUUUUAUGGAAGACUCAUUUUGAUUAUCUGUGCGUAAGUCUUUAAUUCGAUGAUGUCAAGAGCAGAGCAUGCUAUAGGGCAUGGUGAGCUAUACCUGACCCCCUCUUGGUAAAGUCUCAUUUCUCCCCCCCACUGGUCUACCCAGACUGUAGCCCAGCUGUGCUGGGACCUUCUAAAUCCUGCUGUUCCCCCAUCAGUGUACGAAUGUGUGUUCUUCACCUUGUUUGCACUUAUGUACAUAACUGAGUCAAAAUAUUCAGAAUUUAUUUUGAAUAUACAUAGAAGAAUGAAUAUAUAGAAAUAUAUAUAUAUUAAAGAACUGGUUCAAAUCAGAUGACUGUAUUGUUCGGAAUACAGGUAAACAGCUAUCCUUCUGAUAGGUUGUCAGAGAAAUGCUGUUUUUGAGGGAUUUGUCGUAUGUUCUGUUUGCUAAUGCCCUUGUUCUCACCAUGAGCAUGAUACUGCUUGCCGAUAAAAUGGGGAAAAAAGUUUGUCGAAAGAUGCUUUGUAGUUUGUCAUAGUUUACAGAAGCUUACAAUACUGAGCACUGUGGCUGUCUAUAUCUGAUCCUGAAGAACUGGUAGUGUUUGAACAACCACUAAAAUGUAUGCAGGUAAUAUAUUGCUGUAUCUAGAAACCAAAGAAAGAAUACCCUGCUUCUGUCUUUCUUUUUUUCUUUGCAGACUGUGAACUGCUCGUUUGAUUUCACAUGUUCCACCCUGCUUAUUGGCAUAUAAUGGGCUAUAUUCAAAUUUUGUAGGUGAAUCUAAGAGCUGAACAUGAAAUUAAGAUUCAAAAUGGAUCUGCUUGGGAUUUGCCUCCUGUGAAACAUGCUCUGGUGGUGCUCUGCCCCCUGCGGGUGGCAGAGAGCAUAGGAGAGGCUGUGACGAUGGCCGACCGUCUGCUAAAUCUUGGACACGCCAGCAACUUCAGGGUCAGAUUAUAGUAAGAAAGCAUUGCAGCCGGUUUCGCAAAAAGUUUUGGUUACACUUUGUUGGAUUUGGUUUUGUUUUUUCCAAAUUGCUCACGCAUUCCCCAUAAAAUGACAGUAAUCUGAAAUAUCUCACUUGCAUUUCCUCAAACAAAAUCAAGGUGUUUCACAGUCAAGCAGUGACUCGCCGGACAAAAGCCGCUGUCUGAGAAAUCUUGUACAUUCUGUGCUCUACAAUUGCUUUGGAAGCCAAUAAUUUUGUUGCCAUGGCACUUGUCCUAGUAGUGAGGGAGAGACAGAGUCUUUGUAGGUUACUACAUAUCGACGCACCUUUGGGCCACCUUAGGAUGGUCCCGAGCCUUCGGACUGUAAAGUGAAAGGUAGCACUUAGGACUUUAAUGCAGACUUUGAAUUUUCAAGUCCCAAUUUGCGGAACAUGCUGAAAACUGAAUGCAAUCAAAGGACACUUUUUACCACUGUGCUUGAUAGAGGAAAACAUCUCAGACUCUUCUGCUGUCCAUCCUCCUGUGCCUAGACAUUCUGUGAUGUGAAGACAGUGCUUUUUCUUUUUCUUUUUUUUUCGUUUUUUGUUUAAGCCAUUGAAACCAAUGAGACCAUCACUCUAUUGUGACCCAUAUCUAAUCAUAUUCAUAUUUAAGUCUGUGUGGAAAUUAAAAUAAUCUUGGAUUGUAUUGGUGUUUGGAAAGUGUCGACGGAAUUGAUAUAUAGAAACAAUAAGGAUUUGUAAGUUCAUAUUUAUGUUGUACAAAUGUUAUAGAUGUUGUACAUGAAGUCUCUCGUCGAAAUUGAGGUUUUGUCCCUUUAAGGGCAUCAGUCGAAUACAGAUUUAAACGCUGAUGCCAGUGCAUAUAAGUGCUAUCUCGUGACCUGGAGCAGUUAAAAGAAUGUCCACCUUGUUUCAAAGCCAUAUGUACUAGAUUCCUCUUUCCCCCACUGUAGGACAAGAUACAAUUGAAUGCUUUGACUCUUUAUAUGAAAUGCUUCUCUUUCUAUUUAGUGUGUUGUGCUUGUAUGUGCUGAAGAAUUGUGCUUCUUGCCAAUCCCUUUUACGAUUAUAUUAAUGUAUAGAAAAUAUACAUACUUAUAUGAUCUCUGUUCUUUUUGUUUGACAUUUUAAUAAAGCACUUCAAAACAGU